AUGUUUAACUCGGUGAAUCUGGGCAACUUCUGCUCCCAGACGCGCAAAGACCGGACAUCCGAGUUUGGGGACAGGACUGGCUGCGCGUCCAAUAUCUACCUCCCCAGCUGCACCUACUACGUCCCCGAGUUUUCUGCCGUCUCCUCGUUUCUUCCACAGGCCCCGUCCCGGCAAAUCAGCUACCCUUAUUCCACAAAUCUGUCUCAAGUACAGCCGGUACGGGAAGUUUCAUACGGCUUAGACCCUGCUAGUAAAUGGCACCACAGAAGCAAUUAUGCAUCGUGCUACUCGGGAGAGGAUCUGGUGCAUAGAGACUGUCUUCCACCAUCCACCAUGACAGAAAUGCUUAUGAAGAACGAGAGUGUGUACAGCCACCACCAUCACCAUCACACCCAUCCGGUCUCCAGUCACCCCUCCACAGGUUUUUACUCCGGCGUGGGGAAAAACAACGUCCUCCCGCAAGGCUUCGACCGCUUUUUUGAGACCGCAUACUGCAGCAGCACGGACAAUCAGUCAGACAAUUGUUUACAAAAGGGCGAGGGGGGAAAGCUGGAAAGCGACUCCCAGCAGCAGCAGCAGCAGCAGCAGCAACAACAGCAGCCUACAGCCUCCGUACCCGGAGCCCCGGAGCAGGAAAAAGAUCCAGAAGAUGAGGAGGAACAUACAAAUUCAGGCUCAUGUACUUCUUCCUCCGCAACAACCAAGGACGGCAACGCCAGCAAGAGCAGCCACUCGAGCACUCCUCGCACAAGGAAGAAGAGGUGUCCAUAUUCCAAGUUUCAGAUUCGAGAGCUGGAGCGGGAAUUCUUCUUUAACGUUUACAUCAACAAAGAAAAAAGGCUUCAGCUAUCCCGAAUGUUAAACCUCACCGACCGCCAGGUUAAAAUUUGGUUUCAGAAUAGAAGAAUGAAAGAGAAGAAGCUGAGCAGAGAUCGCCUGCAGUACUUCUCUGGAAACCCCCUAUUGUGA